AUUCCCGGCCUGAAGAUCUUGUCUUACAACGCUCCCAUUUACUAUGGAAAUAAGAACUAUUUCCGGGAUACCAUGGCCAAAAUAAUCGGACUGACCCCAGAUAAGAUCAAAAAGAGGGAAAAGAGAAAGAAAGCACUGGAAAGAGUUGGAAAGAUGACCAUUACCACCAUCGAUAAUGGACUCAUCCAACCUCACUACCCGGCCGACAGAACCUCGUCCUCUUCAGAUAAGCAAGAUAAAAGGAUUCGGUCUGUUGUGAUCGACUGCAGUAGCAUCAUCUUCAUUGACACAGCUGGAGCAAGGUUAUUUGUUCAGAUGUGUGCAGAGUGUCAGAAAGCCGACAUGUGGGUCUACCUAGCAGAAUGCAACAAAGAUGUUUUGAAAAUAUUGACGUGUAGUGGCCUUCUUAACCACCUUCAUCCAGAGCAGAUCUUUGUAACGAUACAUGAUGCUGUCGUCAAUGUGGAGCGAAUGAAGGAAGCAGCCUCACAGAAAAGCACUACAAUUUGGGUAUGAAAGAAUCGGUGGACUUUCUGCUCAAUGAUUGCUGUACCACUUACAAAGGACAAUCAUAAGGGUCUGCCUGACCACAAUUGCCUUUCAAGGAGACUCGAAAUGAAGUGAAUAGGCUCUAUCCAACCUGCAAUGCAGAAUGAGACUUCUUUACUAAUCUAAAAUGUGUAGCGUUUCACUGACAGAACAGAACUACAGGUUAAGCUGCACGGAAUGGCUUCUUCCAGAGAGUCACGUCAAAAAGCAGAAAGUCAGCUUUAACUGAAAUUGUUAUUUGCCACUAUGGGAUUUUAGUGUAGUUGGUGUGUGAAUGAAUCUGGUCAGAAAGAGAUAAACUACAAAAGAAUGAUUAGGAAUAAAGGGAUACCUUCUUUAUGGGAGUGCUGCUGGGCAAUGCGAUAUAGGGGGAUGGAGGUGA